CCCUCCGGAAGGGCGCUGACGUCCAGGAAGGCGGCCUAUCGCGUCUCUGCCGGAAGCACGCUUUGCCGGGCGGGGGGGUCCGCUCUGUGCGGAGGGAGUGUCUUCGCGCCGCGGCUCCGCGGCGGGCUCGCAUGUGACCGUUGGGGUAAGGGGUGCGGCGCUAACGGCCGCGGCCGGCCGGGGCCCGGCAGGGCGAUGCCGGGCCGGAAGUCCUCAAAGGAGAAGAAGCGGCGCCGCUCUCGUUCUGCUUGCCCGGAGGGAGCCUCGGGGCCGACUGGCAGCGAGAGGAAGCGGCGGAGCACGGAGUCUAGCCAUGGUGUCCCGGAGGAAGCAAAAUGCAAUGUACCAUCCGGAGAUAAAGAUGAAGAAGUUGAACAAGCCAGUGAUAUAGAGGAAGGUGGAUUAGAUCUCAGUGUGUCACUCAAACCAGUCAGUUUCUACAUCACAGACAAAAAAGAAAUGCUUCAACAGUGUUUCUGUGUCAUAGGAGAGAAGAAAUUGCAGAAGAUGCUGCCAGAUAUUUUAAAGAACUGUUCCAUGGAGGAAAUUAAAAGGCUUUGCUUGGAGCAGUUGGAGCUGUUAUCUGAAAAAAAACUGUUGAAGAUUCUCGAAGGCAAGAAUGGAGCUGAUUCUGAUACUGAUGAGGAUGCAGAUGGAGGAGACAAGACUGGAGGUGAAUCAGUCAGUCAACAGGAUAACAGUAUAGACUCUACUUCGUCUCUGAGAGAAGACAGCAAGCUGGAAGGUCAGGAAUCAAAACAAGGCAAAGGAGAAGACAGUGAUGUCCUCAGCAUCAAUGCAGAUGCAUAUGAUAGUGACAUAGAAGGCCCAUGCAAUGAAGAAGAGUGUCCAGAUGUGCAAGAAAAUACCGUCAGAAGUGGAGCUGGUCAGAUAGAUGACCUUCAAAAGGACAUUGAGAAAAGCGUGAAUGAGAUACUGGGGUUGGCAGAAUCCAGCCCAAAGGAGCCCAAAUCAGCAACCUUACCUGUUCCUCCAUCAGAAGAUGUUCAGCCAUCGGCACAACAGCUGGAGCUCCUGGAGCUUGAGAUGAGGGCCAGAGCUAUUAAGGCUUUAAUGAAAGCUGGUGACGUAAAAAAACAGCCCUAAGGCUGUUGUUUUUAAAUUAUCAGUAUUUGUUUUAAAAGACAUCAUGUCAGUUCUCUUUAGUGCUGAGGUAUAUUUGGACUGGCUAUGACAUUCCUCAUUCAAACACAUAUUGUGUAUCCUGACCUGUGACUUCAACAAAAACAACUGUCAAUGGUUUACCUUGGCGUGCUGCUUCUAUGAAUUGCACAAAUGGAUUGGUUUGACACUGUACUUAGAUCGGUGUCUCUUUGUGCUGGGUUAUCUCUUUAUGUGAAUCACGAAGUCACAGAUUGUAUAGAGCUAUGCCAGGAGCCUGGUGCCUUUAAGAGAGGUUAAAAGAACAAAGUUCUUUAUAACCCCCGGUUAGAAAUUAACCAGCUAUUUUAUUUAUGAGCAACUUGUUAACUAUUUGAGAAUCUUGAUUUAUAUAUGCUUCAUUAAAAAUACCAUUUUGAAGAGGUCUUUUGCGGUGUGACUGCCUUCACCAUUCUGUGAUGUGAUAUGAGAUGCUUAUUUCUCCGUGGAGCCCAGCUUAUAGUAAUGUAAAUGUACAGGUUAAAAUGAGUGAUGGUUCACUUUGCAAAGUUAAAAGGAUGAUUAAUUUUUAGAAAUUUAAAUUGCUUAGAGGGUGUGUUUUUUCUCUUUUAAGAAAACAAUUGAACUAUGUUAUUGUUAGUUAUAAGAAAGCCUGGAAGUGACACACACUAGAGUUUUUAUGCUGUUGGUUCAUUAAUUUUGUUGCUGUCCUAUACUGUCAUCUUGUGUGUCUUAACAGAAAUCAAGAAAACAGUCUUUUUCCUGACUGUGAAGCUUUUUUCUUGAAUACUUAGCAUAAUAUUUAGGGCAAUACAGCAAAUCAGAGACUAUUUAAAAGACCUUGAGUUUUUGACAUUUAGCUGAUAUAGUCAUUUCAUGUCCAAUGUAAAUAGGAAAAUCUACCUAAUUUCCAUAUAAAUGCUUUUUAGAAAAGACAUUUCAUUUAUUUCUAUUAUAUAGGGUUUAAAAAACACAAAUUUAAGUUUUCCAUUUCAAUUAUCCUUCCUUAUAAGUAACUUGUAUUAUAUAGUUCAUUUCCCUGCUAUGAUUACUUUUAAUAGUUAAACUAAUUCUGAUUUUGUUGGGAAGUAGUGCUUUUUUUUGCUUGGCUGCUAAUGAACUGCAUGUUAAAAUUUGUGUGUGUGCAUGUGUGUAUGUAUACACAUGCACACACAGAAACAGAUACCCCUUCCUCCCUUUCACCUCCUGACUUUCAUUAAGGUAUGAAGUUUGUGUGUAUGGUCCUUGCUAAGUAAAAUCAUUUGUUGCAUAUUGUUAUACUGAGUAUUCCUUUGUUUUCUUUUUUUUAGAAAGCAAAUAAGAUACUUAGCAGUAGUAGCAUAGAAUAAUGUCUACAUGCUACUUUGAAAUACUACUGUAGACAUUGUUCUAGUCAUAUACUAUAUCUUAAAUGUUCUUAAAACAUUUAUAAUUUUCCAUUUUCCCUUUUAGCCAUUUUCCUUUUUUUAACACUUUUCUCUUUUAACUCUUUUCCUUUUUGAACCCUUUUCCUUUUUUCCCCUUCUUUUCUUGGUACAUAUGUCUUUAAUAGCAAGCUUCUUAUGUAUUUUUUAAAAGUAAAGUAGGAUGCUGGAGAAAAUAAAUCAACAGUGCUGUAAAUAAAAUGGAAACUAUGUAGUGUAGCAUAAAUUUGAUUACAAACUAAAAACUUCAUUAAACACAGCUGAGAGAAUUCUUACAGUGAGCAUCCUCUAAUGAUGGCAGUGACCUGAGUGAAUUACAGCUGACUUCAGUCACUGUAUCCACAACAACUUUUUCCCAUUAUUUUUAGCAACUGGAGGACAUAUGUUGGAAUAUAUACAUCCACUUCAGUAGAUAACUUUCUCAAUCUCUGUGUUGUCUUCAAUUAAUUUUAUUUAGCUGUUUGGGGAACCUGUGAUUUAUUUGAGGAUGAAGAUACAUAAGCAGGUAAUUGGGGAAAGGUGGUUGGCAAAACCUAGGUAUGCUGUCUUGUUCUUUUACUGUAAAGCCAUAAGCUAGUAGAACUAUGUCAAACUGUAAAAAUUAGUUUUUCUGCUUCUGUACUAAUAUAUCCCCUAUCCUUAAGGUACUGAAUACCUCACUUUGCCUACAUAUGGGAACUGAAAAUCUUACCUGCAAGAACAUCUGCUUCCUAACCAUAUUAGUGCAAACGCAUGUAUCAUAGCCAAUAAGAAAACUUGAUUUUUA